UCACCGGAACUCGUAGUAUGAAACAAUGAAUUUGAUCUCAAGAACAUUGACAAGAGUAGUGUCUUCGUCACUAUACCACUCAAGAAUAGCGAAACUCCCCCCCACUCAGAAAUGGGUAAUCUCGCAGCAAAUCCGCGUUUUCUCCGCCACCGUCAUCGGAAGUGGAGGAAGGAAGCCUUGGGCUAAAGCAUCAGUGAAACCACCGCUAAAUGUUGCGGCGGAGAAAGAAUCGACUCCACCGAAGAUGAUUGAGUACAAACCGGAAAUUUCAAAUUGGAUCAACUUAAUUGGAUUCGUUGAACAACCAGUUCAAUUCGGUCCUUGCUCCGAUGGAAAAUUCUGGGCAGGAACUGUUAUUUCGCAGCGUUCGGGUUCAAAAUCAUCUAAUUUCUGGAUUCCGAUUAUAUUCGAAGGAGAUUUAGCUCAAAUUGCAGUUCAACAUGUAAAGAAAGAAGAUCGGAUUCAUGUUUCCGGGAAGCUGUUUAUAGAUUCGCCUCCUCCGAAUGUGACAUAUUCUCAAUCCAAUGUUCAGGUUAUGGUUCAGAAUCUUAACUUCGUACAACCUGAAACUUCUCCGGCUAAGACGAUCUCACCACCUGAAAAAGAAGUAAUUAGCACCAAGAAAAAGCCCGCAAGAUCCAAAAAGGUUAAAGUCAUAGAUGAAGAAACUUCUAAUUCUUGGAAGCACCUUAUUGAAAAUCCUAAAGAGUGGUUGGAUCACCGUGGGAAUAAAGCUAACGGGCUGGUAAAGCCAGGACAUCCCGAUUUCAAGAUGAAGGUUGGUCGUUUGUCUCUGUGGCUCAGCACAGCUCCUGAUUGGGCUUUGCUUAAACUCGAAGAGCUUGAGUUUGAUGUCUUAGUCCCUAAAGGAAACAUCAAACUGAAUCAACUUAAAGGAGAGGAAUCUUGGAAGGAUUUGGUUCAGAACCCAGAUAAAUGGUUAGACAACAGAUUAGAUAAGACAAACGUGAAAUACCCUGACUUCAAGCAUAAAGAGACUGGUGAAGCACUGUGGAUGACCAAUUCUCCUAUUUGGGUACUGUCAAAGUUACCACCUCUAAAGAAGAACCAAGAAAGACCUCUUACGUCCAAUACAGUCUCGCAGCUUGAGCUUGACGUUGUAGUACCUAAUGGAAAUCUGAAACAGCUUAAAAGAGAGGAAUCGUGGAAGAACUUGGUUGAGAACCCGAGUAAAUGGUGGGAUAACAGAUUAGACAAGAGAAACCCGAAAGCCCCUGACUUCAAGCAUAAGGAGACCGGUGAAGUACUGUGGAUAAAUAACAAUUCUCCGACUUGGGCACUGUCAAAGUUACCACCUCUGAAGAAGAACCAAGAAAGACCUGUCAUGGCCUAGUUUGUCUCUCGUAGCCUUAUGUUGAUUUUUGCCACCCACUAUGUAAAAAGGCCGUAUGACUUUAUCCAG